AUGGCUGUACCAGCUGAGGAAGCGACCGAAAAGAUGGUGGAGCAUCUUCGGGCUGCUGAGACGGCACUUCAAGCGAAUGAUUUGGAAGAGGCUGAGAAUAAUGUGACCAGGGCGUCUAUGUUGCAGGCUCAAAUUUCUGAUGAAAACCUCAUGAUCAGAUAUAAAGUAAGUAAACGCCAUUCAAAUUCAUUGUAUAAAAAAUUUAGGCCUUGUAUGCCCAGAUUUUGGACAAGAAUAAUAGGUUUGCGGAAGCCGGUCUGCGAUAUUACGACCUCUCCGUCAGAUCCCAACUAACUGCGGAUGAGAAGACCCAGGCUUUGCAGAACUCGGUUAUCUGCACUGUGCUGGCACCUCCUGGAAUGCACAGAACAAGGCUGUUGAAACUGCUGGUUAAAGAUGAUCGGGUCGAGAAUUUUGUUGGGUUUAAGAUUCUCCAAAAUAUGUUUAUGGAGAAGCUGAUUUCUCCUGAUUUGGUAUGUAUAACAAGUACAAUUGGUUUAAUUGUAAUCAUUUUUGUAAAAUAAUUGUUGAUUCCCUCCAGUUACCUCAUUUUGAAGUCCUUCUGAAAGAGAAUCAGAAGAUCAGGGACAGAGAUGGCAACACUAUCCUCGAGAAAGCAGUUCUCCAACACAAUUUGCUGGCCGUAUCCCGUAUCUACAAGUGCGUAUCCUUUGAUGACGUCAGUGAAUUGCUGGGAAUUGCUCCAGAACUUGUGGAAACUGCUGUUACUAGACUUAUUUCUACCGGUAGUCUGAACGGAGAGGUUGAUCAGAUUGAUAGACUCAUCACUUUUAAAGGUAAAAUCUUAUUAUUAUUCUUGGUUUUGUUCCUACGAACUUUAAAAUUUUACUUGCUCGGAACUUCCAGAACCCGAAAAGAAAUCGCCGAUUGAUUGGAACUCUUAUGUGAUUUCUGUUUGCGAACAGACCAACCGGGUCAACGAACUCAUCGCCACUCAUCAUCCCGAAUGGCAUGCCCAACGAGUCCAAAAUCAGCCCAACUGA